AUGUCUACCACCCUCGCCGACUUUGAACUCGAUUUGCGGCGGAACGGCAAAGAUGGAGCAACGACUUGGGACGCGGCAGAAGAAGAUGAUGACACUGUGAAGUGCACAAGUACCGCACCAGGUCUGCGCGUGUCCCCGGCGCCUCCAUCGAAACCACCAUUGCCUCCUAUUCAGAAAGACUACAAGCGAGACCUCAAAGUGGGCACCCGUGAUUGUUCCGUCUGUCCCGCCCAAGCCAACGUCAAGACGGACGACGGUGAAGAGAUUCAAGAGACGAACACGGGGGAUCCGCAAGACGUAUCGAAGCAUGCGAGGUUGGCGACACUUGGGCAUUGCUCUCCUGUUGAACAACGAAGAAAACGGAAAUUUUGCGAUUGUUGA